AUGCUGACCGCUUUUACUUGCAGCGAGCUUAAAGCGCUUCCCGAGGAACAGCAUCUGUUCUGCCCACGUACUUCGCCCGAUGAUGGGUCCGUAUACUUCGCCGAGGACAUCGCAGCCGAUGGCGCCGCAGACCAGGACCCCGCCGCUGUAGAAGAGCGGAAGAUGAAGAUCCAAGAAGCCGAGGACCGGAAAUGGCUUACCCUGGGAGCCCUGCAGAUAAUGGCGUUUGAUGGAGAGGAUGCAGACCCGCACAAAGAAUGGAUGUUGGAGCGGCUGAACGCACUUAUGACGUCCUGCGAUGUCUGCGUGCGCGUAUACCAUCAGGCUCGGGCGCAGUGGCGACAGAACCUCUUCGAGCAAUUUGAUGAAGAGCAUGUCCAUGUCUUCUUGCAAACAGUCGACACUCAGUCUUUGGGUCGUAUACAGCGAGGGCUGGACGAGGCACACGAAGUGCUCCGUAACGCUGAGCCCCAGAAACGUGGAGUGCGUAUCUUGCCUACCGAGGCUACGUACGCUAUCUUUGAGGCCUUGAGCUGCGACGCCAUGAUUAGGAAUGAAGAGCUCCUGCAGCAGCAUUUCGAUGCGCCGUUCGAGCUCGUGCAGUCCAAAAAGCGUCUUAAGCUCCAGACAAUUGUGCCUGCAAUGACCCGAUUUCUCUUUAGUCGGAACAAGAACCGGCGGACAUGGGCUCAAGCAUCUUGGUCCACUUUCAAGCGGCCCAUACUGCAGUCUGAGUUCGACUGGGCAGUGAGGGAUCAUCUGGUGAGCGCCAUGAUGAAGGUACAGAUGACAAACCUUGAUCGUGCCUUGCUUCCUGACUACUGGGCUGGGGUGAGGCUCAUUGUCAAUAAAUUGGGCAAGGACCUCAUUACCAGCUCAAUCCGUGACCUAGAGGGCAACUUUUAUCGUCUGCUGCUAGACCACUUGCAUCUUGAAUCCGCAGGGUUUCUUGAUCUGAUUGAGACCAUGAGGACCAUCUUAGAGGUUUCUCCCGCAGACUUCUGGGAUGCUAUAAAUGACAUUACGACUUCCACGGCUACUGUCGUUGAACAGGUCUUCAAUAGCCCUAUCCUCAAGCAGAUGUUACUGGCCGCAACUGAGGAUAAUGAGGACGACAUGGCCAAUCUGAACACCGCCGUUAGUUGGAUCACCCCCUUUCUAACCUCCAUCAAGCCAACGAACCUUCCUCCAGCUGUCCGUGCCUUUGCGAAUGCAUUGUUUGGUCAGCUCCAAUCGGACAAAUACUCGCGUGCCGGGCGUAGUUUCUGCUUCGAGGAAGGUCUGCGCGUCUUGGACUAUGCUUUCCGCAAGAUGUGCGAGGGCAAAACCGAGGCCAACUUUGUUGGGCAGCCUACGGUGAACAGCAUGCUCGAGAUACUGUCGAACCAUAUCGAGCUCAUCGUGGGCAGUCUCAAGCGUCUCGAGCAUCAAGAGGACCGACGACUGCUUUUGUCCACUAUCCAACAUGCCUUCACUCUCGAAGCGACAUCUCUGCACAUCGAAAAACAACUGAUCGCCGCGAACAAGCCCUCGCCAAAGGAGACUCCUCCUUCCACGCCCUUGUGGACUGCCGUCCUCAAAGCUAUUGACGCCCAAAACAUCGAUCUCGCAACGCACUUAUUAAUCGCAGGAAGGAGUCUCAUUGGCCUCGAAGAAUGUCUUUGGAAGACGGGCUUCGAAAAUAAGCCCGUUGAAAUCAAGCACUUCAACGGCCGAUUCGAAUUGUUAUCCAAGUCAAUCACGGAUGUUGUCGAUCGAAUGACCGAGUUCAAACCGGAGCAACUCAAUGAUCUAUUUCGACAACCUCGCGCUGCUUCCGCUAUGAUAUCGCUGCUUUUCUCUUCCACAGAGGAUACUCGAAGUUCUGCUAUUGAGCUGUUGAAGAUCAUCACUGAGCAAGAAGAACGACAUGACGCUCUACAAUACAUCCUAAAAACACACUACAAGUAUGUGCUCGUCGGAAUAUCGGACUCUUGCCGUCUAGUCACGCGCAAGCGAAUCUUUGCUCCCGCAAGUAGCAUGGUGAGGACACUCACCGAUAUUAUCGAUGUGCUCUGCAAUUCCCAAGACGGAUUACUCCGAUCCCGACAAUUCGAUCGCGAAGAAGAGCGUAUCACCAUGAAUUUCUGGGAGAAUUUGUGGAAGACACUUACGAUGUUCUUCGCAACUACCGAACCUUGGAGCAAUCUCGGCGUGUACCAGAAGGAUAUGAUGAAGGACUUCUGCCGUGAUGUCAUGCAGUUCGCGGAUUAUCUCUUCGAUCAAUGCAGCGUAUUCGCUUCUGCAUUGGACCCUUCGACGCAAGGAGACGAGGAAAAGUCCAAGACCAGUGACUUGCUGAAAGAAUUAUUGCAACUUCCGGCAAGCACGAUGGUAGAGGCGAAGCGGUGGCUGCGCCUUCGCGAUGAGUACCUUUCAGGCAAAUCCGUCACGCUCAUUGGGAAGCUGCUCGUUCGUCUUCGCGCUGUUUCGGUCGAAAUUGAUCCAGAUACGUUGGCCUUCAUGAUGGACAUAGUCUUUGGGAAAAUUAAAGCGAACCUCAGCGCAAAUCAACAGGCCGAGCUACAGCGAGCGAUAGAGACCCAUCUCGGUCACUCCAUGCUCAAGGAAGAAGCGCCCAAGCAACCACGACAAGCUUCCAUCAGCAACUUCUUGGGAAGUGGCACUAUUAAAACGCCUACCACAGACACCGAUGCCCGUGCAAGGCUGAUGAAAGCCAUGACGCCUGCGGCGACAGCUUUCAAAGAGAACCGAGAAUUCGCGAAGAGGAAAGAGGCACUGGCUGCGGCGGAGGCAAAGAAGAAAGCGGCCAAAGACGCUGAUGCUGCAGAGUUCAAACGCAAACGUCAGCUCGAAAAGGAACGCCAACAGAAAGAGAGGGAGGCCGCAAUUGCAAAGGCUAGGAAAGAGCGUGGACUUACGGGUGCUACUGCUGAGGCGGGCUCUGCUUUAGCAGGUCUUGGUGUCCUCGAUAGAGAUGCUGCCCCCAAAGGAGAAGGCUUGAUGCACUCAUCGGAUGAGUCUGAGGAUGAGAACGACGCGUUCGAUAUUGACGAACUGUUUGGAGCCACAAAGAAACCGGGGUCUGCCGGGCCGAAGACUAACAUCACCAAUGAGAUCGUUAAGGCACCAAUGCCAGUCAAAAAGCGGAGAGUACAGCGCUCCGCCAAGGAUAUGCGAGCUCGACUUGCGCCAGACUUGACGCCUCUGCACAAAACUAUCCUUGGUUGGGACUUUUACCACGAUGGCGUGUACCCCCCAAAGACUUCACAAGGCAACUAUGCUGGAGUAGUGGACACAUUCAGAACGCCUAAUGAUUACCAGAAUACUUUUGGUGGUCUCUUGAGGCUCGAAGCAUGGCAAGGAUUUGUUAAAGCGCGCGAGGAGCUAGCAUCCAAACCAUAUGAGAUUCGCGUUACGCAGCGAUCGACAGUUGAUGCCUUCAUGGAAAUCGGAACUACCAUGACCCAGGCUGAAAACAAAGAUAUACAGGCAAUGGAGGGUGAUAUCGUCCUCUUAUCGAAGACCAACAAGCCUUCAGCGCAGGACCCUCACUGUUUGGCUAGGAUUUUCCAGAGAAAACCCAAGAAAGGGCACAUUGAGGUAUCAUAUCGUGUCAUACCUUCCGGAAACCCGAUGGCGUCGCUCUUAAACCCCAACAUGACGGUAUUCGGAACAAAGAUCCAAUCCAUCACCCCACUGGAGCGCGAAUAUGGUGCUCUCCACGGGUUACAAUACUAUGAUCUAUGCGAUGAGAUCAUUCAUGCAAAACCAUCUCCUCUCCUCGCGUACAAGGAUGCACAGGUCGAACCGCUGAUGCAGAACUAUAACUUGAAUAAGGCUCAAGCAAAGGCUGUCAAGUCAGCUUUCGACAACGAUGCGUUCACGUUGAUUCAAGGACCUCCUGGAUCCGGAAAAACAAAGACGAUUACCGCUAUCGUGGGGACGAUACUAUCGGAGAACCUUCGAAAAGGUGGAAAGCCUGCUCCGAUGCCUGGCCAGACUCUGACUGAUGCCGCCGCAAAGAAGUUGCUCGUCUGUGCGCCGAGUAACGCUGCUGUUGAUGAGCUGGUCAUGCGUUUCAAGGCCGGGAUCAAGACAUCGGACGGCGUGGAGCACAAGGUCAACAUUGUGCGUUUAGGAAAGAGCGACGCAAUGAACGAAAAUGUGAGAGAUGUCACGCUCGACGAGCUCGUCAGCAAGAAACUGGGUGUUGGCAGCAAUGACAAUGACAACGAUGCUACGCAAAAGCUCUUUGCGAACCACAAGAGUGUCUCGGCGCAGCUGAACGAAGUGCGCCAACAAAUGGACUCUGGCGAACUCAAAGGCGAAGCUCUACAAAAGAUUGAAGAUGAGUUUCAUACUUUGCGGAAAGAGAAAGCACAACUCGGCAGGCAGAUCGAUAAUGCCAAGGACGACCAGAAGUUGGCGUACAGAAACAAGGACAUCGAGCGACGACGAGAGCAAGAGCGAGUUCUGAGAGAUGCACACAUCGUAUGUGCCACGCUUAGCGGCAGUGGUCACGAUAUGUUCCAGAACAUGGCUAUCGAGUUUGAGACGGUCAUUGUUGACGAGGCCGCACAGUGUGUCGAAAUGAGCGCACUAAUUCCUCUCAAAUAUGGAUGCGCAAAAUGUAUCCUGGUUGGUGACCCUAAGCAACUACCGCCCACGGUUUUCUCGAAAGAGGCUGCUGCCUUCCAAUACGAGCAGAGUCUUUUUGUGCGCAUGCAGAAGAAUCACCCGGAUGACGUCCAUCUCCUCGACACGCAGUAUCGCAUGCACCCUGAAAUUAGCUUCUAUCCAAGCUGGAAUUUUUACGACGGUAGACUCGUCGACGGCGGUGACAUGGCUGGCCUCCGCAAACAGCCCUGGCACGAGAGCUGGCUGCUGGGUCCUUACCGGUUCUUCAACGUCGCAGGCCAGCACCAAUCGAAAGGACAUUCGCUCAUCAACGUCAACGAGAUCAACAUUGCACUUCAACUAUACGAACGACUUAUCACCGAUUACCCGAAUCACGAUUUCCGGGGGAAAGUCGGUAUAAUCACGCCUUACAAGUCUCAGCUGAGCUACUUGAAGAAUAAGUUCAGCAACAAAUACGGCCCCGAGAUCACCAAGGACAUAAUGUUCAAUACUACAGAUGCUUUCCAAGGCCGCGAAGCUGAAAUUAUCAUCUUCUCAUGUGUGCGUGCUGCUCCAUCCGGCGGCGUCGGUUUCUUGCAAGAUAUUCGACGAAUGAACGUCGGUCUCACACGUGCAAAGUCCUCGCUUUGGGUGUUGGGCAACUCGCAGUCGCUCAUGCGUGGUAAAUACUGGAAACUGCUGGUGGAGGAUGCUCAGCGCCGCGACCGCUAUACGACUGGCGAUCUGCAGAAGAUGUUGUGCCAGCCCUCCCGUGCAUAUCCGGCGAGGCCUGGGAUGUUCGACGAACCUGUGCCCGUGCCUAUGGACAUGGACGUCAAACCACCCAUCAAGCGUGAACAUAUCAACAAGAAACCCAUCAUCAAACAGGAGCCGACGAACAACGUUCGUAUUAAGCAGGAACAUCGCAAGCCGGAACCCAUUCCAGAGCUCUACGAUACUCGCAUCAAGCAGGAGUCGUAUCAGAACGGCAGCCGCAAGCGCGUCCACGACGAUAGUGGAGACGUAGAGAUGUCCGAUGCAGAUGAAGCCUCGGAUACAAUCAAUGGGAGCGCGGCCACAUCGAACUCUGCAACCCCUGAGCCCAUGGAAGGUAUACAACGACAGAAGCUACCGAAAAGGAAGAAACCUAGACCGGCGGUGAAUCCGCUGGUCAGCCAUCCGCCCAGCAGGCCGAGAAAGUAG